UAGAAUUUGUAUUGGACUAUGAGGGAAGAACGAAGAUAUUAUAUCAAAUAUGGAUUGGGACAAGUACUGUACAUAAACGUGGGUAAUGUGCAAUGAAGGUGGUUGUUUGAGAAGACAGUACGUAGAGUUUGAGUUGUAAGAAAUGAUUAGGGCUUUGUUUUUCGUCUGCACUUUAGUCCAAUGUUUUCACCGAACCCCACUACUACGUGAAAUCCGGAGCCCCACGUGCUCUUGAGAUCUUUUUAGAAUAAAGUCAUAAACCAACGUUACCACUAAACCAUUUCGGAUGUAACUAUAUAUAUGUAUAAGCAUACUACGUAAUAAUUAUAAACCACGACAAUCACAAUGGAUGAUUUUAAUCUUCGUGGCCAAAACCCUAAUUCAUCAUCCGCCACUUCCUCAUCCUCUUCUUCUUUGCACGGUCACAAGAGCGAAACCGGAAACACAAAACGGUCAAGAUCAACGUCCACGUUAUCAACGGACCCUCAGAGCGUGGCGGCUCGUGAGAGACGGCACCGAAUCAGCGAGCGUUUCAAGAUUCUACAAAGCAUGGUCCCUGGUGGUGCGAAGAUGGACACUGUCUCUAUGCUUGAAGAAGCCAUUAGGUACGUCAAGUUCUUGAAGGCUCAGAUCUGGUUUCACCAAAACAUGCUUCUCUUCCUAAACAACCACGAAACUACGUCAUCUUGUUACUCUCCCGGCGCCGGAGAAUUUGGACCAAAACUAUUUGGUUAUGAUGACGAUUAUGCCCCUAUAGUGGAGACAAAUUCACAAGGCAUGCCACUUACGGUUAUGGACUCGGAGAAUACGCCGUGGUUUGGUUCGGCUCAUGAUGAGCAAGAACGUGACUCGUCUUAGUCGUUGCCAUAUGCAACAUGAUAUGAUUUACAUAUUGUCGCAAUCUUUAGUAACUUUAGUUUAAAAAUUAAAUGCGUAUAUAAUUUGAACUAUAUAUGUGCAUUUAAUUUUAGAUAAUGUAACAUAUAUCUAUAUGAGAAUGAGACUAAUUAACCU